AUGGCCACGAAUGCUCACAGCGAAGAGCCCGACUAUCAACCUUCCAUUAAUUUGGCUUCUAAUCGGCCCUAUUCAUAUUCCGAAGCCUAUAUUCCAACCAUCACUGAGCAAUGCCACGCCUCGAAUCUCCUUCUUCUCCCUAAUGGAGACUUGCUAUGCGCUUAUUUUGGCGGCAGCAUUGAGGGUCGACCAGACAUCUGCAUAUACAUAUCGCGACUUCCAUCAUGGGAGGCUGCGUGGAGUCCAGCAAUAAAAAUGACCCACGAUCAUACUAGAAGCGAGCAAAACCCUGUCCUGUUCCAUAUUCCAUCCACCGUGGAGAUCAGAUUGCUCUAUACGUCUCAAGAUGCUGGGAACCAAGAUUCAGCAGUCGUUAAACAGCUGAUAUCAUCCGACAAUGGAACAAAUUGGUCAGAACCUGCAGUCUUAUUCGGUGAUCGUGGUACAUUUAUUCGUCAGCCAAUAAUCACGCUCAAAGAUGGGACAUGGGUCGUCCCUAUAUUCAAAUGUCGUGCUGAACCCGGGGAGCGGUGGCUAGGGAGUGACGAUAUCUCAUGCGUCCGUUACUCCCGAGAUAAUGGCCAAACAUGGUCCGAAAAAGAAAUUCCGAACAGUUAUGGGUGUGUGCAUAUGAAUAUUCAGCAACUGAAGAACGGCUCAUACCUCGGUCUAUAUCGGAGUCGCUGGGCAGAUAAUAUCUAUUUGUCAACAUCUCCCAAUGGACUUGAUUGGAGCGAGCCAAAAGCUACCAUUCUACCCAAUCCCAAUGCGGGAAUAUGCUUCGAUGUCUUGCCCUCUGGUCGAGUGGUUCUUGUGUAUAAUCACUCUUCGAAGGAGGAUGCCAUCGGUCGACGAGAUGGACUGUAUGACGAUAUUAGUGACGGUACCGACACUCGUAGGAACCAAGUGAACAAGCAUGGGAAAGAGGCGUUCUGGGGUGCUCCUCGAGCACCAUUAUCUGUUGCCUGGAGUGAUGAUAAUGGAGAAACUUGGAAAUGGAAAAAGUUAGAGGAAGGUGAUGGUUACUGUCUGACAAACAACAGUCAGAAAAGACUUAACCGUGAGCUCUCCUAUCCGAGUAUCCUUGCUCAGGAAGGUGUGUUCCAUAUUGCUUUCACCUACUGGAGACAGAGGAUCAAGUAUGUUAGACUUAGAGAAGACUUCUUUUCAUAG